AUGGCUUCUUCCUUAUCCAUCUCCUUGAGCUUGGCAGCUUCGGCUUCGUCGCGUUUAUGUCAUCCUUCUUCAUCAACCGGGAAGAUUGGCGUCCCUUCCGCUUCGCUUUCUCUCAGCACGGGCUCGAGACGGGCUCCGUUUUCUCUCAGCUCUUCGACAUCAGCUUCUUCUCAGCUGCUCCAUUGCUCGUUUCUCUCUUCAUCUCUUUCCCUCGCAUCUUCAUUUUCUGGUUUGUCGGUUGCGUUUGAUCUCAGCAGUGGAGCCAGUGGCGGCCUGAACAGCCAGAAACGAAGAGGCCUUGUGGUGAGAGCUGGAAAAGCUGCUCUGUGUCAAACGAAGAGGAGCAGGUCAAGAAAGUCUCUGGCUAGGACUCAUGGUUGUUUGAGGAUGAGAACCACUAGCGGUAGAGCCACCAUCAAGCGCCGGCGUGCAAAGGGUCGUUGGAAUCUCUGCCCUAAGUCCAACCUAGCAGCGGCAAGGGCUUGA